ACUAACAGAUGUCAUCCAAACCAAGAAUAUCUGGAAUCGAUUCCGUGUCCACAGGCGACAGACAGACCCCGAAAAGGAGUCAACGACAACACAGAAGUCACCAUAAAUACAGUGACAUCGAUGUCGAUGAGGGCGAGACAGUCGCUGAGGACACGAACGUCGAUAGAGUGACGACACCUCUGAAGCUGACCAUCAAAAUCGGUGGUCAAACGCUCGGCGAGAAGAGUGUUAACAAGUCGUCGAUACGAGCGCUGAGUUCAACGCCUAAUACCUCAGCAAAUGUGGCACCAAAUGAGGAUCAGUUGGAACUGUCGAUGAGUUUCGACGACGAAGAGGACGAUGAGGAGGAGGAGGCGGACGACUCCGUGCGCUCCGACGGCGUGGUGUCGGAGCCCGUGGAUGACGACGAGUGGUUGGACGCGCUCGAGGAGGGACGUGGUCUUCACGAAGUGGACGACGAGCUCAAGAGGAUUAGGGACCCGAAGCUCAUGACCGCGCGACAGGUAUUCACGCCAUUUGUUUGACGAAAAAGUUUUU